AUGAUCUGCGCGGCCACCCAGGGGCGUCUCCGAGGUCCGCCAGGCUCACACAAACCUCGUCUUCAUCCAGAACAAGAUCACGGGUUUGACGCAGGGCAAGGAAAGACACUGCUGCUCAAUGCGAACGGUGGUGACGAUACUGUGAAGAGGAUGGACUUGAUGAGCUUCUUGGUCUCGAUCGACGUACACCUGACGAAGGAGCGCGCCCUGGGCGUCUUCGCCCUCGUGGACCAGGAGCACGAGGCCACCAACGUCACUCGUGGAAAGACCAUGCAGCUGAAGGUGAAGAACUGCCUCGAAGACGCUAUAGACACCCAGGUCCCCAUCGACGAUCUGCUGGACAGCGCCCGCAAGGCUAAGAUGGACGGCAAUCAGGGCAAAGAGGCGUGA